UCAGAUGUUUAGCAGAUUCACUUUGGAUCCUCGCCAUCAUUUCUGCCGUGCUCUGCUCUGUCUUUUUGGUCUUUUUUCUUCCCCUCCAUCGGCCGGGUUCGUGAUAUUUUUUGCGGCUCUCUCGAUGUUGUAAUCCGGGGGAAUAUGUGAAGAUCAUGCUGGCGGUGUGGUGCUUCAUGGUCUUUGCGGCAGUGGGCGAGAGGCUUGCAGUCUCAGGUGAGGACAGGAGCCCGGUGCAGGAUGGAGACAUGUGGGACUGGUUUACCCCGGCCGGGUGGCGGGACAGCGGUGACACUACGGCCGAGGUCACCUAUCCGAAGCGGCUGGUGCAGCAGAUCAAGUCGGAGGAGGAAAUGGCUCACGACCACUUGGAUACCAGGGUGAAGAACAGCACUGGGGACACGUUGCCUGUCCACUUGGCUCAGAGCUGUUUCCAAGUGGAAGCCUUUGGACACACCUUCACUCUGGACCUGGAGCUGAACCACCACCUCCUGUCUUCAGAAUAUGUGGAGCGGCACUUUAACCAGGAUGGCAGACCCUCGCAGUCUGUGGGAGGGGAGCACUGCUACUACCAGGGAAGGUUAAGAGGUUUACCAGAGUCCUGGGCAGCUGUCUCCACCUGCCACGGCCUGUGCGGGAUGUUCUCUGAUGGCUUCUUCUCUUACGGGAUCGAGCCGGUGCACAAUGGGACCAAUCAGGGUGAUGGCGCUCACUUAAUCCGCAGGAUGCCUGAUAUCAGACUGUCCCCCCUCUGCGCAGACUGUACAGAGGACAGUGAGUGGGAUAGCACGGGAGGUGACGGCGAUGGCGCCAGGCCAGACCAAACGAGGGAGCAGCAGGUGUCCGGGGGGCUGAAGCGCUCCAAGAGAUUUGUGCGCAAGCCCUCUGUCCAGACUGAGACCAAAUACAUUGAGUUGAUGGUGGUCAACGACAAUGAAAUGUUUGUACAGCUGCGUCGCUCAACUAGCCAAACCAAGAACUUUGCCAAAGCAGUGGUCAACAUGGCAGAUGCGAUCUACAAGGAGCAGCUGAACACGAGGAUCGUGCUGGUUGCCAUGGAGACCUGGGGCCCUAAAAAUAUGAUGCCAGUAGUUGAAGACCCAUUGAUAACGCUGCAGAACUUCAUGAAAUACAGGAAAGACAACAUCAAAGAGCAGAGUGAUGUCGUCCAUCUUUUCUCAGGGCGUAAUUUUCACAGCAGCCGCAGUGGGACGGCCUACACAGGAGGAGUGUGCUCUCUAACCAGGGGAGGAGGAAUCAACGAGUACGGGAAUGUCGGUGCAAUGGCCAUCACUUUGUGCCAGAGUCUUGGACAGAACAUCGGGAUGAGGUGGAACAACGCCCGUAACUCUGCAGGAGACUGCAGGUGCCCAGACACCUGGCUGGGCUGCAUCAUGGAAGACACGGGAUACUAUCUGCCCAGAAAGUUUUCUCGCUGCAGUGUUGACGAGUACAUCCAGUUCUUACUCCAGGGGGGCGGGAGCUGCCUCUUCAACAAGCCCAACAAGCUGUUGGAUCCUCCAGAGUGUGGGAAUGGCUUCGUGGAGCCAGGGGAGGAGUGUGAUUGUGGAUCCCAGGUGGAGUGUGCCCGCAAUGGAGGAGCCUGCUGUAAAAAGUGCACACUUACCCAUGAUGCCAUGUGCAGUAAUGGACUCUGCUGCAGUGGCUGCAAGUAUGAGCGGAGGGGCGUGGUGUGUCGAGACGCUGUGAACGACUGUGAUAUCCCGGAGACCUGCACCGGAGACUCCAGCCAGUGCCCUCAUAAUGUCCACAAGCUGGAUGGCUACAUGUGUGAUACCAGUCAGGGCCGAUGUUACGGUGGACGAUGCAGGACACGUGACGGACAGUGUAGGGGACUUUGGGGCUAUAAUUCAGCAGACAGGUUUUGUUACGAGAAGCUGAAUGCUGAGGGGACAGAAAAAGGCAACUGUGGUCCAGGUCCUGAAGGCCAGGGCUGGCUGCAGUGCAACAAGCCUGAUGUUUUAUGCGGCUUCUUGUUCUGUGCCAACGUGACAACAAAGCCAAAGUUCGGAGACCUGCAGGGCGAGGUGACCAGCUUCACUCUCUACCAUCAAAACAAAUACCUGGACUGCAGAGGUGGCCAUGCUCUGCUGGAGGAUGGCUCUGAUCUGGGCUAUGUGGAGGAUGGCGCUCCCUGUGGCCCCAACAUGAUGUGUUUGGAGCGACGUUGCCUCCCUGUGGCGGCGUUCAACCUCAGCACCUGUGCAGGAUCCAACUUUGGGCGCAUCUGUUCCGAACCCACGACCUGCAGUAACGAGGUGAAGUGUAUCUGCGACAGGGACUACACAGGGAAGGACUGCAGCGUCUUUGAUCCCAUCCCUGAGCCUACAGUCCCAACGGGCCCCGAGAAGAAAGGUCCCAGUGGCACCAAUAUCAUAAUAGGGUCCAUCGCAGGUGCUAUUCUCCUGGCAGCUAUAGUCCUAGGGGGAACAGGAUGGGGAUUUAAGAACAUUCGAAGAGGAAGAUCUGGUGGCGGAUAAGACGUCUGUCUGUGUUUCUGUCUCUAUGUCCUGUCUGUUCUCGUCUUCCUCCUCCCACUGUGUCAUUUCCACGUCAGAGAAGAGGGGAACAAAAAAAAAAAAAAAAAAGUCUUCCACUCCUGUCGCAAAAUCUCUCCAAACCUCUUCUGAUAAUUGUGUCUUCUACACUCCCCCCGUCUACUCCUUGUUGUCUAUCCUCCUGCCGGGCUCUGCCCUCCUGUGGGCCUGUGGAGCUCCUCUCACCUCUCACCAGCCAAAUCAUACUCGUGUGGCCGCUGCCAGCCGGCCACUGACGAUUGUGUCCGGGGCCAAUACCUAAAGCGAGCAGGUGGCUCUCCCUGCGGGAGACACCGGGGUCUUCCUCCAGUCCAGUGGCUCUCAGAAUGUGCUUCGGUGUCUGUGUACCUACUUUCCUCACAUCUCGGACAGUCUGAUAAAGAACAUAUCAACGUUGGACCAAUUUAAUAUGAGACUUGUAUUUCCAAUGCCUGCCUGCACACACUCUUACCUGGCCACCACUUGAGUCCCUGCUAAGUGCAGGACAAGAGCACAGACUGGACAUCUAACAGCCUGAAACAUGUCACAGGAGUUGAAUAGUUUCCUUU